UCGGCGGUCCGACGAAGCAUUGAACUGGAAAUCCCAAAUUCACGGAGGUCUUCGAUCGACUCGUUCCAUUCAGCCAUGUCUAGCAGCUCUGACUCUGCGUCUUCAUCCAUCAUCUCUUUCAGUGGAACAUUGGUCGAUGAUGCCUGUGAGCCUUUCUGUUCCUGCCAGUGCCACGUGAGUAGCCAGUUGAGAACGCCGCAGUGGGUCAAACAUAUCCUGGGCUCUAUGACGUUUCAUGGCAACACAUCAGUCUUCCUCUCUCGGCGACCAUGCAACAAAAGCUGCCGCCGUAGUGGGCCGUCUUCAUUGCAGUUUACAUACUUCGCCCCUGCCUGGACUCUUCUGAGGUCAUUCAAUUUCUACGUAAAGGCACAGUGCCUCCGUGGCCCGGACUUCAAUAUUCGCAUGCCUCGGGUGAUACCCUAUCACACCGACGUCUGGGCUGUUAUCGAACUCGGAAAAUUACUGACGUUGAAGGAGAUGAUCGAGCGGGGUGCUACCUCUCCUUUCGAUGUCAAUCCCUCCGGGAAGUCGCUCUUGCAUGUAAGAUGGCCCUAGGCUCUUGUAUUCGCCCUUACGCCGCUAAGCAUCGACACAGUACGCCGCCUUUAAAGGCCAAGACCAGAUCUACUCUUAUCUGGUCUCAAUGGGAG